CUUCUUUUGCCAGAAGUUCUGCGGGAGGUCGGUAGCGAAUGCCCUGAGGAGAUGAGCCAUGGAUGUCGUUUCAUCGUUUCGAUGCGCAGACUUCAUCGGCCGACGUGACACGUCCUCCACCAGUGGGACUCGUUGACUUGCGGCUGUGGCUCUUGUUCGCACUGCUGACAAGAGGAGCUCGUAAAGUAGGAGCUGUACAGCAUCCUACGAGAACUAGCAGAGUGGACAAUGGCGGCGCCGGACACGCGGGCGUGCUGGCCAGUGGCGGCCUCUGUCGCCGUCUUCGUCUUCUUCGGCACGAUGUUGGUCAGGUCCGAGUCCAUCAUGUACGUGGGAUUCAUGGACAUGCUUCACGUCAACCGAGAGAAAGCAUCGUGGCCCCUCACGGUCGCCAUCGUCACGUCGCAACUCUCGGGACCCUUGUACGGUUUGCUCGGCAUGUGGCUUUCGGACACUGUUCUGAUGGUGGCUGGCGCGCUGCUGUGCGCGCUACCUGUGAUGGCCUGCGCCCUGACACAGAGCCUUGGACUCGUCGUUUUCCUGUACGGCAUUCUCUUUGGCCUUGGCUUGGCCUGCGUCGAUUUGGUGCCGUUCACGGUGGUGGCUCGGCACUUCGUUCGCUACCGUGCACGGUUAUGGGAUCAGUGUUCGUGGUGACCGCAGCAUCAGGAUUCAUCUUCCCCCUGGUUGUUGAGGCACUGCGGAAGGCGCUCCAGUUCCACUACGUACUGCUUACACUAGGAACCCUGGAACUGACCAUGCUUUUGGGCUGCAUCUAGCGUGGACCGGGUACCCCGAAGCGACGACGCUGCCUCCCGUUCCAACGGCUACG